GCCUCCCGCCCGCAGAGCCCGGGCCGGCGGCGGGCAUGGCGGCGGCGCGGGGCCGGGUGCUGUGCCUCUUCGACGUGGACGGGACCCUGACGCCGCCUCGGCAGAAAAUCGAGCCGGAGGUGGAUGCGUUCCUGCGGGAGCUGCGGGAGAGGGUGCUCAUCGGCGUGGUGGGAGGCUCCGACUAUGCCAAGAUAGCCGAGCAGCUGGGGGACGGGGACGAAGUCAUUGAAAAGUUUGACUACGUCUUUGCAGAGAACGGCACAGUGCAAUACAAGAAUGGGCAGCUGGUCUCCAAGCAGGCCAUUCAGGAUCACCUGGGGGAAGAGCUGCUGCAGGAUCUGAUCAACUUUUGUCUCAACUACAUGGCAUUGCUGAAGCUGCCCAAGAAACGAGGAACCUUCAUUGAGUUUCGCAACGGGAUGCUGAACAUCUCCCCCAUCGGACGAAGCUGCACCCCAGAAGAGCGAAUUGAGUUCUCUGAGCUGGACAAGAAAGAGCGGAUCCGGGAGAAGUUUGUGGCAGCCUUGCAGAGGGAGUUUGCUGGCAAGGGCCUGCGUUUCUCCCGAGGUGGCAUGAUCAGCUUUGAUGUGUUCCCAGAGGGCUGGGACAAGCGCUACUGCCUCAAUGUGCUCGACGACGAGAGAUUUGACACUAUCCACUUCUUCGGGAAUGAGACGACCCCUGGAGGGAACGACUAUGAAAUCUAUGAUGAUCCCCGCACUGUGGGACACAGUGUCCAGUCCCCCCAAGACACGGUCCAGCGAUGCCGCGAAAUCUUCUUUCCAGAAAGAGCCAAUGAGUGCUGACUGCCAGGUCCUUGCAGCCCUGCCCCAGUCCCACCCUCUCCCCCCACCAGGAAAAGCACCUUGAUUUGAGGAAUCUGCUCAGGGUAGACCAAAAAAACACCACAGAGCUGGUGAGGAUGUAACAUGAGUGCGGGUGGGUGGCAGGAGGGAGCCUUAGCUGAGCAGCCCUUCGGCACUCCCCAUCUGUGGCUGGGGGUUGUAGUACCAGACCCUCCUCACCUUCAGAGAAACUUCUCUUGACAGUUCAGCUGUGGUGGGCGGUGAUGCAGAUGCUUUUGUGGUUGGAAAGCAUUCGAAAGGGCCAGUCGAGAGCCUGUGUGUGUCCGCUCCAUGCUCCCUCUCCUCUCCUUUUCCACUCUGUUUCUCAUAACAGUUCUGCAUGAGGGAAUAUGCUUCUCACCUUUCUCUCUCCCUUGCACCUUGGCCCGGGAGGCCAGGGCUGCUGAGGCUCCAGACAUUCACGGGAGCUGCUCCAAGGCAAGAGGCCAGGAAGGCUGUUUGCUCCAAGCCUGUGGUACGAAGGAAUAGUUGCUAUCCCACCUUGUUGCACCAUUGUGCAUUCUAAUGGAGACGUCACCAUUAGAAUGCCCUCAAUGCCACACUGUGCCAGUCCCUCCCUACAGGUGACCUGGGAACGAUAGCUUUGAAAUGACUGGGCUGCUGCUCUGAGCUUUGCUCAGGUAACAUGAAGAAACCAGUUCUUCUCUUUAGCUUACAAAGCCCCCUAGGGUUUAUUUUCUAUAUUAUUAUUCUGUAUUUUCAAGUCAGACCUUGCCUGGCAUGGCUGGAGGAUGCUGACACCUGGUGUGUGCAGAGCAUGCUGUGGAGCAGUUUGGGGCAGAAGGCUUUCCAAUGGUCUUCCCAAUCCCAUGUCCAUUAGGUGUCAGAGAUCACAGAAUCACAGAAUUGUUAGGGUUGGAAAGGACCUCUGGAAAUAAUCUAGUCCAACCCCCCUGCCAAGGCAGGGUCACCUAGAGUGGGUUACACAGGAAUGCAUCCAGGUAGGUUUUGAAUGUCUCCAGAGAGGGAGACUUCAUGACCUCCCUGGGCAGCCUGUUCCACUGCUCUGCCACCCUCUAC